AUGGAAAAUAGGAAUAAUGUUACUGUAUUUAUUCUCUUGGGACUUUCCCAAAACAAAUACAUAGAAAUACUCUGUUUUUUAUUAUUCUUAUUUUGUUACAUUGCUAUUUGGAUGGGAAACUUGCUCAUAAUGAUUUCUGUCUCAUGCAGUCAGUUAACUGACCAACCCAUGUACUUCUUCCUUAAUUAUCUUUCACUCUCCGACCUUUGCUACACAUCCACAGUGAUGCCAAAACUAAUGGCUGAUUUACUGGCAGAAAAGAGGACUAUUUCCUUUUAUAACUGCAUGGCACAGCUCUUUGCCACACAUUUCUUUGGAGGCAUCGGGAUCUUUAUCCUCACAGGGAUGGCCUACGACCGCUACGUGGCCAUCUGCAGGCCCCUGCACUACACCAUCAUAAUGAGCAGGUGGAGGUGCAACACGAUCAUCAUAGCUUGCUGUACUGGGGGAUUGAUACACUCUGCCAAUCAAUUUCUUCCCACCAUCUUCUUACCCUUCUGUGGCCCCAAUGAGAUAGAUCAUUUCUUCUGUGAUGUGUAUCCUUUGCUGAAAUUGGCCUGCGCCGAUACAUACAAAUUUGGUCUCUUGAUAAUUGUCAAUUCAGGUGUGGUUGCUUUGGUGAGUUUCGUGAUUUUGAUGGUAUCUUAUUUCCUGAUAUUAUACACCAUCAGGAUUUACCCUGCAGAAAGCCGUGGCAAAGCUCUUUCCACUUGCAGUUCCCACAUAACAGUUGUGGUGUUAUUCUUUGCCCCUAUUCUCUUCAUUUACAUUAGACCAGCCACAACUUUUCCAGAAGAUAAAGUGUUUUCUCUUUUCUACACCAUCAUUGCUCCAAUGUUCAACCCUCUGAUUUACACUCUGAGAAACUUGGAGAUGAAGAAUGCCUUGAGGAAAGUGUGGUGCCAUCAAUUGUUUUUGAAGAGAAAUAACUUAAGAAAGGCAUUGCUCCAUUUCACUCUAGGCACUGUUAAAUAG